AUGUCCGAAACGACAGAAUAUCAUGCGGAUAGCAUCAAAAAUUGGACGAAUGCCAGAACUGCGGUAACUUCAGUGCAAACAAUCGAGGGUUUCUUUGAACCAAAGACACCAAUUGACAGUCUUGACCUUGAUUCGGUGCCGUUCUUCAGGCGCUUCCAGCUUACUUCUCGAUCAUGGAAAGAGUUUCAGCUGCAACUCAAUCAGCUUGAAAAUAAUGAAACAAAUGUCGCAAGGCAAGUAAAGGUUGUGUACUUAGUGCGUCAUGCCGAAGGCAUUCAUAACGCUGCAUCAAAUCAAUUUGGCGUCGAGCGCUGGGAGGCAGAGCUCGCGUUCCAGGACUCGUAUUUAGAUUCGGACCUCACACCGUUUGGCGUUCAAGACGCAAAAAGUAGAGGUACGAGCAGCGUGAAAGCAGAGCUCGAGAAAGGCAUGCCACGCAUUGAGCGUGUGGUUGUGUCACCACUUUCAAGAGCGAUCCAGACAGCGCAGCACUUCUUUGAUAAGAAGCAGCUGCUGAACUCAACUUUUGUAUGCAUGGAAAAGUGUCGUGAAGUAUUUGGUUGUCACACUUGCGAUAAGAGGCGCUCUGUUUUAGAGCUCAAGCAAAAGUUUCCGGACGUAGACUUUUCAGCCAUUAAGGACGAAAAUGACAUACUGUGGACAUCUACUCAUCGCGAGACUGAUGAAGAGAUACAGACUCGAGCUAAGCUGUUUCUGGUUGAGCUUUUUGAAACGAUUGCUGAGCGGAAUGUUGCUGUAGUGACGCACUCGGGAUUCGUAGAGGCGGUCUGUGCUGUCGUAUUGGGCAUUCGUAUUCAUCCGGCGAAUUGCGAGGUCAUUCCCCUCGUUUUAGAAGCCAUUUAG